AGUGUUUCAAUUCAUAGAUGAAGCUUCAAUGGGUGAGGAGGGAUUUCGAGUCACUUUUGCGGAAAAUGUGCGUUACUACAAGAGCAGAGCCACUUGCACGACUCUGGCCUACCUGGCUUGGCUGCGCUUCUUCUACUUCGCUGUCUCCCCUGCUUCCUCCACCCUCCACUGCUUUCAUUGGCCCAUGGUUUUGGAUCUGAGUCUUUCCUCUUCAUUCCUUUACUUCCUCAUCUUACUUCCGGCUUUCAUCAAGUUGUACCGGAUUCACAACCUGCUCCACACAAUUUGCAACCAACAUACUCAUAUCUGUCAACGGAUCUGGGAGGCCAUGAACCAAAAUGGUCAGGCUGGAGCUUUGAAUGAUGGGGUCGGGUUCGAUUUCGGGGUCCAGGUCAGGGCGCUUACCGAUGAUUCAUUCAGUGGUGGGGAGAUCAAAGUGUACGGAUGCGCCAUCGCCUUUGCUCUGUUCGCUGUUACUGCCUUUGAACUCUACCCCUGGCAACAUGGUUGAUAGAGCUAUGUCCUUCUCCAUUUCAAUAGAUAGCAUAGUGAUGGGGAGAUGAAAGUUUACGUAUGCGCCAUUGCCAUUGCGCUGCUUGCUGUUACUGCCUUUGAACUUGACGCCUGUAAGUAUGUGCUAUGCAACUGACAUUGCACAUCCAUUGCCGCCUUACUAUAUAUAUAUACAUGUGUGUUGUUGCUUUAAAUUCUGAUCCACACCCCAUAAUUGUUUCUCAACACCUUACUGUUCAUGCUUCUCCAUUCUUUGAUUCUACUCUCUAACGAUUUCUUGUUGAUGCCCUUCAGUACUUGAACGUUAUGCACCUAGAUAUUGUCCAUGCUAUCAAUUUUUACAUGUAUAUUAUCAAUUUCUUGUUGUCAAAGUAUUCUUCGUUAUGUUAAGAUUAUCAUUUCCUUCGGGAAUUUGUUGUCGCUGGCAA